AAUAAUGUAAGAGAAAAAAGAAAGUGGGGGAAGAAAAGAGGUGGUGUGGUACCUUGUUGCUCAAGUUGGGAUUUCUCUCUAUAAUUUUCCUUGUGAAAGAGAAAGAAGGAGCUGAAGCAAGACAACAAUGGCUAGAUACGAUAGGGCAAUCACCGUCUUCUCCCCUGACGGCCAUUUGUUUCAAGUCGAAUACGCUCUCGAAGCUGUGCGCAAGGGUAACGCCGCCGUCGGUGUUCGUGGCACCGAUACUAUCGUCCUCGGUGUUGAGAAGAAGGCUACGCCUAAGCUUCAAGACUCCAGGUCUGUGAGAAAGAUUGUGAAUCUUGAUGACCAUAUUGCACUAGCCUGUGCUGGGCUCAAGGCCGAUGCACGUGUCUUGAUCAAUAGAGCUCGGAUUGAGUGUCAAAGCCAUCGGCUUACAGUUGAGGAUCCAGUAACUGUUGAGUAUAUUACUCGUUACAUUGCAGGUCUUCAACAGAAGUAUACCCAAAGUGGUGGAGUGCGACCAUUUGGCCUCUCAACCUUGAUUAUAGGUUUUGAUCCAUAUACUGGCGCUCCCUCCCUGUAUCAGACAGAUCCUUCUGGGACAUUUUCAGCUUGGAAAGCAAAUGCAACUGGUAGAAACUCGAAUUCAAUAAGGGAAUUCUUAGAGAAGAAUUAUAAGGAAACUUCUGGUCAGGAAACUGUGAAGCUUGCUAUCCGUGCAUUGCUUGAGGUUGUCGAGAGUGGUGGAAAGAACAUAGAGGUGGCGGUGAUGACAAAGGAGCAUGGACUACGACAAUUGGAAGAAGCAGAAAUUGAUGCUCUAGUUGCAGAAAUUGAAGCAGAAAAAGCAGCUGCUGAGGCUGCAAAAAAAGCUCCUCCCAAGGAAACAUGAUCCAAUUUCUUGCAUUUCUUCAGGCAUUUUUUAAUCUUUUAGUUUUAUAGUGUAACGAGUGGACCGUUCAAUCUUGUUCUGAACUUCAAAACUUGUUCCAUUUUGUUUAUGAUUGACACGAGGUGGGUGUAGCUGUAGCCUCUGAGAAAUGCCUGUUUAUUACCCUUCCAGCCUCUUUCGAUGAUCUGAUUUGUGUAUUGUUGUUGAGAUUAUUGUUUGGAUUUUACUCACAAAGAGCAUCCAUAUAUCAGUUGAAUUUUACCC